CUCGCCGGGUCGGCCGGCCGGCGCAGCUCCAGCCUGUAUACCCCGGCUGGUCCGGGGGGUCCGGGCACCGCCUCGACGGCGGCGCAGCCGGACGCGCGGACUGGAUCGCAGCCCGCACCCCGAGCGGACGGCGUCAUGAGGCACCUGCCGUACUUCUGCCGCGGCCAGGUGGUGCGGGGCUUCGGUCGCGGCUCCAAGCAGCUGCGCAUCCCUACAGCUAACUUUCCUGAACAAGUAGUAGAUAAUCUUCCAGCUGAUGUAUCCACUGGCAUUUAUUAUGGUUGGGCCAGUGUUGGAAGUGGAGAUGUCCGUAAGACGGUGGUGAGCAUAGAAUGGAACCCAUACUACAAGAAUACAAAAAAGUCCAUGGAAACUCAUAUCAUGCAUACUUUCAAAGAUGACUUCUAUGGGGAAAUUCUCAAUGUGGCCAUUGUUGGCUACCUCACACCAGAAAAGAACUUUGAUUCUUUAGAGUCACUUAUUUCAGCAAUUCAAGGUGAUACUGACGAAGCCAAGAAACGACUAGAGUUACCAGAACAUUUGAAACUCAAAGAAGACAAUUUCUUCCCGGUUCCUAAAAGCAAAAUAAUGAAUGGCCACUGA